AUGUCGAACAAGACGCGCGUGGCGUACAUGUACGACCCGGACAUAGGCUGCUACGAUUAUGAGCCAGGCCACUGCAUGAAGCCCUUCCGUAUCCGCAUGACCCACGACCUGGUCAUGUCUUACGGUCUCUACAGGAACAUGGAGGUCUACCGCGCAAAGCCCGCUACCGCCCUGGAGAUGACCCAAUUCCACACCGACGAGUACAUAGAGUUUCUUCAGCGCAUCACCCCCGACUCCAUUGGCGGCUGCCAGCAAGAGGCCUUGAAGUACGACAUCAGCGGCGACUGCCCCGUGUUCGACGGCUUGUUUGAGUAUUGCUCCAUCAGUGCCGGUGGCUCAAUGGAAGGCGCCGCGCGGCUCAAUCGUGGCCGCUGUGACAUUGCAGUGAACUGGGCCGGCGGCCUGCACCACGCGAAAAAGGGCCAAGCCGGUGGCUUCUGUUAUGUCAAUGAUAUCGUCCUGGCUACCUUGGAACUCCUGCGCGUGUACCAGCGCGUGCUCUACAUUGACAUCGACAUCCACCAUGGAGACGGAGUGGAAGAGGCCUUCUACACCACUGACCGCGUUAUGACGUGCUCUUUCCACAAGUUUGGCGAGUUCUACCCCGGAACCGGCCACUUGCUGGAUAUCGGCAUCGGAAAGGGCAAGAAAUAUGCAGUGAACGUGCCUCUCCGCGACGGCAUAACCGAUGAGGCGUAUCGAGGAAUUUUCGAGGCGGUUAUUUCCGAUAUCAUGAAGUGCUUUCGGCCCGAAGCCGUCGUUUUACAGUGUGGUGCCGACAGUCUGUCUGGAGAUCGGCUUGGGAGCUUCAAUCUGUCCAUGGAGGGACACGCCAACUGCGUCAAGUUUGUCAAGAGCUUUGGACUGCCAACCAUGAUGGUUGGAGGAGGCGGUUACAGCAUCCGUAACGUAGCUCGCACGUGGGCAUAUGAGACGGGGCAGGCAGUUGGAGAACCGACUCCGAAGGUCCUGCCGUUCAGUGAUUACUACGAAUACUACUGCCCGGAGUAUCUUCUGGAUGUACCCCCUUCGAACAUGUCCAACGACAACACUCCAGAGUAUCUGGAAAAGAUCCGUUCCACAAUUGCCGAGCGCCUGCGCCAACUACCAUUCGCGCCAUCGGUUCAGAUGCAAGACGUCCCCCGUCAGGGGCUGGGGAGCUCCGAAGAGGACGACGACAUACUGGCAGACAUAGAUGCCGAUGAGAACAUGGAUGUUCGCAUGACGGAGCUCCAGGAGGACAGAGGCAUUGCCAACGACGCGGAAUAUUAUGACAGCGAUGCGGAAGAUGAAAGGAACAAGCACCUUGCCACCAACCCCGCGGAGGCCGAGGCACUGGAUGAAGACAUGGCUGACGCGGAGGACCACGAGUCUGGUGAGGAUGAGAAGAAGGAGGAAGCUGGCGAGAAGACGGCAGUUCCCAGCGAGGAAGCAGAGGAGGCGGACCAGGCCAUCAACGGGGCUACUGUCGUACGUCCAAGCGAGACGUCUGCUGUGGUGCUGGAUCAGGCAAGUGCCGAAGAAUUAUCGAUUCUCCCUGGCACUGGCAACACGGCAACACCUCCGAGGAGCCCUGGACCAGAAGAGGCCACGACCGCGCAAGAGAGUACAGUAACAGAGAGCACCACUGGCAAUGCGGACACGAUGACAGGAGAGGCGACGGAGGCAACGGCAACAGCGAGCUUGUCAAGUGAAGCGGCCGAGCCCACGACGGAAACAGCGGCUCCUCGGUCACCGAGCGGCACACCCCCGCUAGCGGCUGAGUAG